AUGUAUUCUGUGCAGACCCUACCUUCCAAGCCUUCCAAAACCAAAGCCAUGGCAGCUUCUGUCAUCAAUGGGGAUGGCAGCAAGAUGGCUGACGUAGAGUGGUACUGGGGAGACAUUUCCAGAGAUGAGGUGAAUGACAAGAUGAGAGACACACCAGAUGGCACUUUCUUGGUCCGAGAUGCCUCAAGCAAGGUGAAAGGAGAAUAUACAUUGACUCUCAGGAAAGGAGGAAACAACCAGCUGAUCAAGAUCUUCCACCAAGGAGGCAAGUAUGGCUUCUCUGAGCCGCUGACCUUUGCUUCUGUGGUGGAACUCAUCCUGUAUUAUCACCACGAAUCGCUGGCCCAGUACAACCCCAAGCUGGACUCACGGCUUCUGUACCCAAUCUCCAAAUAUCAGCAGGAUCAGGUGGUGAAAGGGGACAACGUGGAAGCAGUAGGAGAGCAACUGAAGGUGUACCACAAACAGUGCCAGGAGAAGAGCUGGGAAUAUGACGUCUUGUAUGAAGAGUAUACUCGCACCUCUCAGGAGUUACAGAUGAACCGCACGGCCAUCGAGGCCUUCAACGAGACCAUCAAGAUCUCAGAGGACGGGUGCGAGACCCAAGAAUGCUAUAGCAAGGAGAACAUUGACCAGUUCCUCGGGGAGGGAAACAGCAAAGAUACUGAGAGAAUCCAAAGUAAUUGGGAUAAGCUGAAGUCGCGGGUGACUGAGAUCCAUGACAGGAAGAGGAAGCUAGGGCAGGACCUGAAGGAGCAUGCGACAGACAACCAAGAGAUCGAUAAGAAGAUGAGUAGCCUGAAAACGGACCUCGUGCAGCUGAAAAAGAUUCGAGACCAGUACCUGGUGUGGCUGAAUCAGAAGGGCACCAGACAGAAGAAGAUUAACGAGUGGCUGGGGAUCAAAAACGACAUGGAAGACCUGUAUUCUCUGGUGGAUGAGGAGGAAGACCUGCCGCACCUCGACGAGCGCACUUGGUACGUGGGCGACAUCAAGCGCAGCCAAGCCGAGGAGCUGCUGAGGGGAAAGGGUGACGGCACUUUCCUGAUCCGAGACAGCCAGUCCCAGAAGGGCUCCUAUGCCUGCUCUGUAGUUGUGGAUGGGGACAUCAAGCACUGUGUGAUAUUCAAGACCUCCACGGGCUACGGCUUCACCAAACCCUACAACCUGUACAGCUCCCUGAGAGAGCUGGUGCUUCACUAUAGACACACCUCCCUGGUCCAACACAAUGACUUGCUGAAUGUAACUCUGGCAUGUCCUGUCCUAACCCAGCAGCAACCCAAAAGAGAAGCAAGAUAA